AUGCCUCCCAAGAAGGUGCAACAGAAGAAAGGGGUUCGUGUGCUGAAGCAGGCCACCAAGCGCCCUCCUUCAAUUCAGCAUCAAUCUUCUGACGAAGAGGAGGAUUUGGGGACCAUACGUGCCUUGGUGGCUAGAGUUGAAGUGCUGGAAAGGGAACGCAGGCAGACUCAGGAUGUCGAUGCGGGUCCCAGUUCCGGACCUGUAGGUAAGAAAUCUGCUAGGUUAGCUUCCAAAAUGACUAAAUCUCGUCUUCUCGCUGACUUGGUUUCUAGAGUUGGUGUGCUGGAAGAUGCUACGCCUAUGGAGGGGUCUUCGGUGCAUACUCCUUCAGUUGGUUUGCCUGCUGGUCCGCCCACGAAUCUUACCUUGCCUGAAUUUGAGCGUCGGGAUGUACAGAUGCCUGUUCCUCCAGCGCCCGCCACGUUCACUCCUGGGUCUACUGGGUUCACCAUGCCGCCGGUCGUUGCUUCUCCUGCAGCUUAUACAGGUUUGCUAAGCAUCCCUAUUCCCGUGAGGAUCGUCUUGUGUGGCCACUCAAUUUUGUUUUGGGCUCAUCGGAGGGCUUCUUCGUCUGCUCCUGGGACCCAGCUGCAGCUUUCGGCUACCGCUACAGUUCACUGGGUAGCACGGAGGGGCAUGUUAUGGGACACGUUUUUGCCUUCUGUGUGCCGUAUUAUGUCUUUUAUGGAUAGGCCACAUAUAUUAUUGAUCCAUUUAGGGGAAAAUGAUUUGAAUGCUUUGCAAACUGAUAAUAUUGCAAUCAUUCCAAUGAAGUUCCAACACAUCCUCUUACCUCAGGUCUUACCAAAUCAAGUUCUGGAAUGA